AUGUGUCGCAGUGGAGGCGAUAGAGAGAAUCAAAUUAGUGCAACAGAUAAAGCUGUACUUGAUCUUAAAGUUCAACGCGACAAGUUAAAGCAAUAUCAACAACAGAUCAAUGUAGUUAUACAAAAGGAGAUCAAUAUAGCAAAGGAAUGUACAAAGAAUAAUAAGAAGAAACAGGCAUUGUUGGCAUUGAAGAAGAAGAAGUAUCAGGAGAAGUUGUUGGAGGAGACUGAUCAGAAUCUGUUGAACAUACAAGAGAUGAUAUCAAAGAUAGAGCAGGCAGAGUUCCAGGCAAAGAUAUUCGAGAGUCUUCAAAAAGGAAACGCUGCACUCAAACAACUCCAAAAGGAGCUGUCUCUCGAGGACGUCGAGAACAUCAUGGCCGAGACAGAGGAGGCUAUCGAAUAUCAGAACGAAAUAUCAAAGGCGAUGAGUGGACAAUUCUCAUCAGAAGAGGAGGAUGAGUUGUUGGCAGAGUUGGAGGAGAUUGAGAAGCAGCAGUUACAAUAUCCAGAGGUACCAAACAAUGAUAUCAAGAUUGAUCUGGAUCAUAUAUUGCCUGUUAAAUUACCAACGUCUGAUAAAGAGCCUGCAUCAUCAUCGUCAAACUCAACGGCCAAGGCCGAGAAGGCGCGUCAAGAGCCACAAUUAGCAAUGUAA